AUGAUGCAGGACACGAGCAAAUCUGUGGCUAAAUGGGGAGAGAGAAGCGACUUAAGGCUCAUCUUUCAGAGGACUCUGUACAUGACAGAUGUCAAUCCAGGAGAGAGUCGCCUCUCAAUGCCUUUCAACGAGCUCAUCAACAAAGAUUUCUUGACACCUGUCGAGCUGAGAGUCAUGGUUGAAGACAUCAACAAUGUUAAGAAGAUGGGAAUUGGAGCGAUUCUGGUGGAUCCAAGAAACGUAAAGUGGGGUGUGAUGUUGAAACGAUGGGAGAUGAAGAGAGAGUCAGGCAAAGGAAGUUGGACUUACGCUUUGACUUGUGGUUGGAAUGACAUCGUAAAGGGUAACAGAUUGAAAGAAGGAGACAGCAUAAGUAUCUAA